CUAACAUGAGCAGUGGUUGUAAUUGUAACAGUUCAAAGCGUAUGGUCUUGUAGCUUUAAAGCUCAUGUUCUUGUAGCUUCGUGGGACAAAAGGACGGAGUCUUGAAGACGAGUGCGAAAACUCAAGAUACUCAAAAUGAGUCUAUCUGAGCAGCAGGAUAGCAGGCCUCCCAGCAGAGCAGAAGUGGACAUGGAUGAAAAAGACGAGGAGGAGGUGAAGAGAACAGAGGCGAAUGCCCCUCUAUUGGCCCUUGCACCUGAUGCGUCGCUCCCAGAAGAGCAGCACUCUUCCAGUACUGAUGUUUCUGCUACUACUGCUUUCCAGUGCCUAGAUGAGCUGUUGUCAUUGGGCAAGAUCAGCCAGACCAAAGUGGCCAAACUGAAAACCAGCUACAGGCUCCUGCAGGAGACUCUGAAGCGUGCCCAGGACUCUGAGAUCCAGCGUCUGGAAGAGGCAAAGAGGUGUCGUGCUGAGCUGCAGAGGCUGCAGGCGGAGGUGGAGGCAACAGAGGAGCAGAGCACGUCUGAGGAGCCUGAAAGUGAGGUCAAUGAACUGAGGCAACAGCUCCUCCAGGUGUACAAUGAACUGAGAGCUGCUGAGGACAGAGAGUACAAGACACAACACCAACUGAAGUGUCUCCGGGAAGAGAAGCAGUAUCUGGUGAAAGAGAAUGAGAAUCAGCCAAAACCUGCUGAGCUGGAGAGCAGAACAAAAGCCCUGCAGGACAAAUAUGAGGAUCUGAGGAAAGAGGUGGCCCAGAAACAACUGGAAGUCAGAAGUCUGAUGGAAGAUGUGGAAACCCAUGAAACUCUGAUACUGAAAGAACAGAAAGAGCUGGAGGACCAGAAGGAGAUCAUAGAGCUCAAAGAGGCUGAGAAAGCCCGGCUCAUCAGCGUACCUGACCAGAUUUUUGAGAAGAUUGAAAGGAAACGCUCCAAGACGGAAGCUGCAAAGAAGCAGAUAGGAGCACUAAACACAGAGAUUUCAGAAACGGAGCAGCAAGUGAAGGAGGUGGACGAGCAUAACCACUCCCUCAGGAUGAAGAAGAAGGUGAUGAUGCAGGAGCUGGAGGCUCUCCAGGCCCAAGUAGAGGCCAGUCAGGCAGAGUACAGACAGCUGCUGAAAGAACAGGAGGUCAACAGGGAGGAAGAGGCUGAAUUCAUUGGGAACAGAGGUAUCCUGGAAAUGAAGCUGCAGAACAUCAUGAGUGACAGAAAGCACCUGUAUAAGAACCAGUCUGUGCAGCUCAGAGAGAAAAAUAGGCAGAUGCAAGCCCUCAAGAGGAUGGAGUAUGCGUUGACAAUGGCCACUGAGCAGCUACAACACAUGCAAUCUAUCUACAAUGAGUUACAGGCACAGUUAGAUGCUGUUCCCAAAAGAGAAGACAGUAUUCAGCAGAGGAUGGAGCUUCAGAAAGAGGUGGACACUCUCAAAGUCAGCUUUGAAAAACAGCUCUCAGUGGCUGAGGAGGACAGCCAGAAGAAUCAGCAGUGUGGGAUGAUUCAGGACCUGCUGAGGGAGUCAAACAGCCUCAGAGAAGAACUCCACAACCUCAGAUGUCUGACACAGAUCAAAGCCGAGGAGAGGGGCCAGAAGCACCGUGAACUGCUCAGGGCUGAGCAACUGAACCAGCACAUCCAGCACGAGCUGCGAGAAAAAGACCUAAUCAUCAUGGACCACAACAAGCUGAAUAUCAUGCUACAGCGCAGAAUAUCACAGUAUUCUAAACUGUGUGACACGAUCAUGGAAGAGAAGAUUAAAUACAUCAAGCUGAAGCAGAUCGCCUCACAGACUAUCACAGAGCUGACGGAGCAGGUUAAGGUCCUGGAAAACGAGACGGAGAUCCAACGAUCCAUUGUCAUCAACAAGGACAGGUCGCACACAAAGGCUCGUAUGAAGCUUUCCAACAGCUCCAAAAUGAGGGACAAGCUGCGCAAUGACAUCUCCAAGGUUGCAUGGAAGCACCGUCAGAUCAGUCAGCAGAGUGAGGACAGCAAACAUGAGGUGGUGAAACUCGCGCAAAUGGUCAACCUCCAGGAGCAGGCGCUUAUAGAAAUGAACAAGAAUCAAGAGACAACCAUACAAAGACGCAAUUUUCUUGGCAUUCAGCUCCUGGAGCAUGAGGAGGUGUUGUUCAACCACUAUGAGAAGGUGAACAUCCAAGAGGCGGCCAUCACUAAGGGCAACGUGGCGCUGGAGAUGAUGGAGAAGGAGAUGAGAGACUUGCAGUUAGCAAUUAACGAAGAGAAGAGACAGAUUGACCUGAAGAAAAAGGAGGUGCCCCUCAAGAGAAAGCUGGAGGGAGAGCUCACCAUGUUGCAGAUAGAGCUUUCAGAGGCCAGGGACAAGACGCUUGAAGAUCUGAAUCAAACAGUUGAUUAUAAAGAGCUAAAAGGCAAAGACCCAUCAACUGUUGAACUGGUCAAGAAAAUUGAGCAGCUCGAGGUGAAUCUAGCCGAACGCGAGAGGCAGUUACUGGAAAAAGAGCUCCUUGUGGACCAGGUGACCCGGCUCUCAAAGCCGCUCGGCGAACAGGCCGAGAACUGCCAACAGGACAGACUAUCACUGAGGAAGAAGCUGAACGAUCUCCGAACUCAUAUAAUCAACACCAACCACCGUCUGAUGGCAGUUUCUGCGGAACUUUCCAUGAAGCAAGCCGCUGCUUUGUCUCAACGACAAGAGAUCAAAGAGAAAGAGCUCCAGAUGGACAGGUGCCAGCGGCGGCUGGAGCAGGGCCUGCCACCCUGCCCUGAGAUAGAGGAGGAGUGGAGGAGGAUGCUCCGCGACAAGAAGAGGAGGCAGAGGGACAAAGAGGAGAGAGAGAGGCUGGCUAAAGAAGAAGAGUGGAACCAGUUGCCUAAUGGAGAGUACACCACAGCUGAAGCUCGUCCUAACGCGUACAUCCCCCAGACCGACUCUCUUCCUCUGCCCAAACCCUAUGGAUCCCAGGCCCCCUUCAAACCCCCCCAACCAGGAGCCAACAUGAGACACAUCCGCAAACCAACAGUCAAACCCUUAGAGAUAUAGGAAGCAAUAUACAUGUUUGCACAUCAAGACUACUGUGUAUUCAUGAAGUUGGAGGCUGAUUUUUAAUCAGAAUCCACACAUUUCACAUCAGUGUCCCUCCGAGACAUUGAAUCUUCACUACAGGAAUCAGCAGAAAUUCAAAAAUAAAUGAACGUUUUAAUUUUUAAUAUAUUUUCUGGGGCAUUUUUUUCUUAUUCCUUUCACACAUUUAUUGAUCUAUCUGCUCUCUCUCACUCCUUCCUCCUCCACUUCUCUGCUUCCUGUGUGUGUUUUCGUCCUAGCUGUUCAGCAUACCACUGCUGUUUUGUCAUUUGUGUGUGUACUCGUGGACUGCAUCUGGUUGUGAUUUUUGUUUCCCUUUUUUUUGUUGUUUUUUUUACAUUUACUGGCAAGAACUUGUUUACACGCUGCUUGCUGUAACACUAAGUACUGUAGGAGAGUGGAAGGGAAGACAGAGGACAUGGGGGAAAUUAAAUUUGUGUUUAUUAUUGUAUCAUGUUCACCAACAGGAAGUUUUGUAUUUAUUUCUGUACUCAACACAUCAUCAUUGUCUCACUACCUUUCUCUUAGAAAGAAAUUCAUUUCACAUAUUUCUACAUAUUCUUCAUCUCGUUACUGUUUCAUUCCUCGCAGUUGUAAUCAUGCAGCUGAUGAAUAAAUUGCAGUGGAUUUAAGCUCUAAGCUAGGCUAAGAGUGGCUGCCUAAUGUCUGAAAUGAUAAAUAUAAAUAUGGAGAGGAAGAUCAGGCAAUGAAAGAGCAUAGAGAAUGACAAAGAGAGAGGAGAAUUUAAAUGAAGAGGAAUGAGAUGGCUGUCGGAAAAGGCAGCAGAGGAGAGUCGGGGAGGGGAAAAUGGAUAAAAGUGGAGAGUAAGUGGGGUGGAGAGUUCAGAGUUGGUUACUGGAGACUGAAACAAAGUCCCUAGCCUCUGAAGUUUCUUAAACCUUACUCGAAGUUGUCGUAUCUGCUGAUCUUAUGAGUGUGUUUUGCAGCUUGUGAGCAUGUGUGUGCUUGAGAAACAAGUUCAUGUGGGGGCUAAUGCUGUGUAUGUAUGUACACAUAUUUGUGUUUUGGAAAAAAAAAAAACUUCUGAAUAGAAUUAUAAAGUGGUGUGAUUGAUGUGUGGUAAAUUUAUUGUCACAAGAACCAGUGCGCUAACAAUAGAUUGACUCCCCAGUACAUAAUUCCUAAAGGAUGAGUCUGUUGUGACACUCGUCAUGAGAAGCAGUUAGCAAGCUAAUUAGCAAGCUAGCUAAAAACAAUGGAUAAACGGUUAAAAUAGUCAAAUGAAAGUAAUUUAUGAGUUGAAUUACCAUAAUUAACUAAAGGUUACUGGAUAAACACUAAGUUAUGAGCCAAAAGAAACUGAUAGUUGUAUUACCAAAAAAAAUGGAGCAGUCAAAACAGUUAUCAUUACUUAAAGUAAUGGAUAAAUGGUGAAAUGGGUAACUAGCUAAAAGCGAUGAGCAAACAGCUGAAAUAAUAAGCUAAAAGUAAUGAAUGAACUGUUGACAGCUAAAAGUAAAAGAUAAACUGCUGACGUAGUUUGCUAAAAGUGAUGGGACAGUUGAAACCGUUAGCCAGUUAAAAGGAAUGGAUAAAUGGUAGAAACAGGAAACUAAAAGUAAUGCAAAAUCGUUUAAAUAAUUAGUUACACCCAAAAGUCUGUAUAUAGUAAUGGAUAAACAGUUUCACAGUCAUAUAAAAGUGAUGGAUAAACAGUCGACUUUGCCGGUGAAGGUGUACUGACGCUAAUACAGGAUGUGGGGUAUGUCAGACAAAAAUGUUUGGAAACCUCUGGUGUACACCGUGUUGAGCUUGAUUUGCAAAACACGCUGUGUGAGUCAACUUCUUAAGAGGUUCAAGAAGGCAGCAGGCGAGAGUUUAUCGGAUUUCGAGCCAGCCCUGUCCACCCAGUGAUGUGGUGUGUGUGUGUGUGUGUGAUGAUCCAUUGCGGGCUGAUGGUGAGAGCUGUCAGAUUAAUUUAGCCCCCUAACUGUUUGUGCUUAUUAGUCAGCUACAUAACACCGGCUGCAUAACAAAGUGUGGGGGAGGCAAUCAAGUGGGGAAUGAGCAAUUUGUUCACGUUUAAAAAAGGAAUUCCCCAGAGGAGAAAUGAUCUGAAGCAAACUGUAACGAGACGGUGUUGUAACUCAGGGUAGAAAAAAAACUGAAAAACUAGGUAGGUAUUGUAAUACAAGCGUGUACAAAAGCGUGAUGGGUGUGUUCUUCACUAAAUGUGACUCAGCGUGUGUGAUGACUGAUGCUGAGAUUAUUUCCUGACUUCAGUGGAACUCUGCUGAGUCUGUCCAAAACACUCAAAUAUUCUCAAGAAUAUGAGCGCUCACUUCCUCCUCUGCAGAGCUUUUCACGCUACAAACUAUCUGACUGCGAGUUCAGAUCGUUUCUUAAUUUAUCUCAAGGCUCCACUGUGCAAUUAGCACUUUUUUUCAGGGUUCAAAGGAAAUUCAAUGGAAACAAAGUGAGCCAAGGCCUGACUUACCACAAAGUUUCUCUGUGCUCCAUGUUCUUCAAAAAUGAGGAAGAAAAGAAAAAUACAGUUAAAAAAAAUCUCUUUAUUCACAUUUCAUCUUACAAAACUUUUUAUGUGUAAACAAACGAAACAUGAGUGGCAGAAAGAUCCCUUUUUCCUCAGACUAGGACUGUUAUGUAACUUCUCGAAAUCGAAGCGCAACUUAAGAUGUAAAUAAUCUCUGGUAUUAAGUCUCGGCUGGUGCGCAGGGUGCCAAUACUCUGACACUAUAAAAAAAAAACGAUUAUGAACACACACAAACGCAACACAGACGCACGACCGCCACUACCAAAGAAUUUCUACACUUACAUUAAACGCUCAGUUGUGAUUGAGGGCACACACUCAUGUUAUUCAAACCAGACCUUUGAGCAUCUGUGUGUGUGUGUGUGUGUGUGUGUGUAGACCUCAGUUCUUAUUGCUUUAUUUACCCUGUACUAUCUUAUUUGUUUAAUGGUUUGUCAAGCAUUUUCAGACUGAUUUUGCAAUGUGCUAUACAAAAUAAAGUUAUUGUAAAGUCACUGAAGUCUGCUGUUUCCCCCUCAUGUAUUAUGUAUCAUAUAUAAUGUUUUAAUUAUUAAGUAGAGCUGGGAGGCUUUAAUAUUUCUGUAUAGCACAGAGUAUCAAACACUAACUUUAAGUGACAAUUAUGAGAGAUAAUGGUAAAUGCUAAAACAUCAUGUGACACCAGUCAAAACAGGAAGAGUAAUAACCAGGACAGACUGUAUAAUAAUGGAGUGGCUCAGUGAUGCCGUUGCAGUUUGUUAACAUUAGCCGCUACAAGCUACUGGUCAUAUCAGACUAUAAGACUAGCAUCAAAAUUGUGCUGUGUAUUGAACUAAGCACAGGUGUGUUUUAUUAUUUAUGAAUUCGACCUUUCAUUUGUUUGAGUAAGAAUGUGUUUUGUUUUUUUUUUCAAAUUUGAUCUUCUAAAGGUGAAAUAGUCUCGCUUGAAAUCAACAUUCGAACAGUUUUAGAGCCUUUUCAUUCAGCGCAACUUCUUUUGCGGUUGUUUUUGAUUGUGAAAACGUCGCCUGAGCUUUUGUAGAAAAACGUAUGUAUAUUUUUCAAAUUACGGUAUCAUUGUGUACAGUGCUGAAACAUAGUCAUUUCAAAUGAUACUGUCUAAACAACAGCAGCAACAAAUAGUGAAUUUCCUGAUUAUCUCACACACAUCUUCCUGACAUUAUUAACAUUUCAUUUAAUCCACAUCUUAAUUGUCUCAAAUCUUGAAAAUCCUUCUCGCUCAUCUGCCACUCCUCAUUCAGACUUGGAUUUACAUUCAGAUGUAGAUGAAGAAUUUGCACAUUUAGUUUACAACACCUAAAUAUCUUCCAGUGAGUCCUGCCGACUCACACCUCGGCCACUUCCUAAAGCAACCAUUCUGUAUAACUCCCGUGCUGAAAUCAGAUUAGAUGCAUAGCAGCCGCUGCCUGAACAUAUCAAGCCACUCUGUCUAUCGAAGCUUUUUGUCGGUGUGUAAUCAAGUUGAUGGGGCUGCAGCGGCAUUACAGGAAGCACGGGAGGAUAAACAAUCAUGUUUGAUUUAUAAAUACUGUUUGCAGGAUUUGACGUCGAUGUUCAUAAAUUGUUUGAGAGACAGCGGAGAAGCUGAGGAGGCGCUGGAGGGGAGCGUUGCAAGCUACAGAAAUUGAGUCAAUACAAAUAGCUGCCUGCAGUUAUUGAUUUUCAAUAAAUAUUUGAAAAGCAUAUUUCCUGAAAUUGAAGUACAUCACCUACUGAAGAUCUUUUGGUUACUGUUCAUACCGUCCCUCCCACACGUCAGGAUUUAUAAGAAAUAGGGUGAGCAUUUUUUCACCUGCUCUGCCUCCCCUACUCUCCCCUCAGAUCUGUCCUCUCUCCAUCCAUCUAUCCCUCCGCCCCACCCCGAUUUGUCAUCAGCCAUUGAGAGCUUGUUUACGAGCGCUCUGCCUUUCAAUCUCUCCAUUCAUCUCUCACUCCUGGCUCCUCCAUCAUCCACCCAGCCGUUACCUGUCCUCAAGGCCACAGUCAAUGAUGACUGUGCUCUCAAAUGCAUUUUCCCCCUCAUCUGUUUCUCCCUCAACCCAUCCA